UUCUCUUUAGCUGCAGUUAGAAAGUGAGGGGGUGCUGGAGAAUGUGAUGUUUUUGAGUGUGUGGUUGUGUUUAAAGGGCCAAGCAUGCUGUUCUCUAGUACGGCUUGCUGCUUGGUACGGCCUGUGCAGCUGGCCAUAAACUGCUUUGUGUCUCUGCCUCUGGCCAGGAGUUUAGGACAAACCUCAGGCUGGGGAGUACCUGGGGGGCAGGUACCUGCAUUUUUGGACGAGGCCACUUUACAUCAAGCUUCACUCUAUGUUCAUUGGCCAUUCUGUGAGAGGAGGUGUACAUACUGCAACUUUAAUAAGUACGUCUCCCCCAGUGUUGAUCAUGAUGCCAUGAGGGAUGGCCUUGUACGAGAGACAGAAACCCUGCUCAGUGUCAGCCAAGUGAAGGAGAUCACUUCGAUAUUCUUCGGUGGGGGGACGCCAAGCCUGGCCCAGCCGUCCACCAUCGCCAGUGUGCUGGAAACAGUAGCUCGGGUGGCCCGUGUCCCUCACAACGUGGAGGUCAGCAUUGAGGCCAACCCCACAUCAGCUUCAGCUUCCAGGCUGGCUGAGUUCAAGGAGGCUGGGGUCACUCGCCUGUCUCUUGGGGUGCAGGCUCUAUGUAACCGUGAUCUGAGGAUUCUGGGAAGAGACCACACGACUCAAGAAGCCCUUUGGAGCCUGGAGGAGGCCAGGAAACUGUUUCCUGGUGACACAUCUGUUGACAUCAUAUUUGGGCGCCCAGGUCAGAGUGUGGAAUCGUGGGAAGAAGAGCUGGAGGAAUUGGUAGCAUUGUGUGAUCAUCAUGUGUCACUCUAUCAACUGACAUUGGAGAGGGGAACAGCUCUUUACAGGCAGGUCCAGGAGAAGGUUCUGAGCAUGCCUGAGCAAGAAGAAAUGGCAGAAAUGUACCAAGUAGCAAGGAGAAUUCUGGAAAAGGCAGGAUUCCUUCAAUACGAAGUAUCAAACUUUGCUAAAAAUGGAGCUGUGUGUAAGCAUAACCUGGGUUAUUGGAGAGGAAGGCAGUAUCUUGGCGUGGGCCCAGGUGCCCAUGGCAGGUUUAUCCCCUGGGGUGAGGGAAAGACCCUGCGAGAGGCAAGGAUACAAACCCUGGAACCUGAUGACUGGCUCCGGGAAGUGCGACGGUUUGGUCAUGGAACCAGGAAGCGAGUGCAGCAGACCAAGUUGGACAUACUGGAGGAAAUGCUAAUUUUGGGACUCCGAAUGAAUGAUGGAAUUACGCACCAGCUUUGGUUGCAGUGUUCACCUGGUUUGAGUCUACAGGAGGCAGUGGGGAAUUUGCCAGAAGUGAAGCAGUAUCUAAGGGAGCAGCUGCUUGUUCUGGAUGACAGAGGGCUGCGGUGUUCUUGGGAAGGGCUAGCAUUACUUGACACGCUGCUGCCCACUCUCCUUCUCCAACUACAAAUCUCCUACCAGAAGUUGGUCACUCCCUCCCUGCCUUCGAUUGGUUCUGUUCCUCAGGCUCUGUGAUCAACAACAACAGCAGCUCAUACAGAGACAGAAAAAUAUGUAACAUAGAAAAGUGUCUUGAGGGACUUCAUGGGAAAGUUUCAGGAAGUGUGAAGGAAAACAGACAUCAAGUCAGAGGUAUUUAGGGCAGAUAGCCAAAAACACGAUCAAAGAUGUAGUUCCAAGCCUACUGAGAACGAGGAGAGCAGGUUACAGUACCAAAGAGAUUUGUGAGUAUGGAGUUCCAGAGCUUGGAACCUAUUUUGCUGAAGGCAGCUGUGGUGGAGUGAAGGUUUUGUGGGACAAGCCAGGCUGAUUGGAGAGGGCAGGGUGUGCAGGGAGUUAGAGAGCAGAAAUGGACAGGAUUAAGAAGCUGGAGAUUUUGAAAUUGGGUGUGAAUUUUUAAUUGGUUUCCUAUACAAUUGACAUGGGAUGAGGAGUUACUUGCUAAAAAGGGCCUUGGUGCUGUCCUGCACGUUUGGGAGAUUAGUUCGAACCCAGCUACAUGUAAAUCCCUAGGUUCAGGAGUCUUGUAUGAAAUGUGUGGGUAACUUUAAACUUACUCUCUCGUGUAAGCACUGUAAUGUGGCAUGUAAUUGGUCUGGGGGAGGACAGUUGGAUGCCUCACCGGAUGAGAAUUGGAAUAAUCCUGUCUCGGGGCUGGUUCAAGUCUUCAGUGACAGACGGCUCAGGUGGUGUUGGGGAAUGUUGUGGUACAUCAAGUUAAACAUUCCAAACAGGUAGAGGAUAAGUACCUAGGAAUGUUCUUCAGCUAGUCCUAGGCUCUGUCAGUGGAACUGAAGCAACCUAUUUGGAUGCAACAUUUUUGGACUUUUUAAAGUUGCAGUAGUUUAAAUUAAUAUGCAAAUAAAUAGCAUAUUUUUGAAAUUUA